AUGAACACUGGGAUGAGAGCUGGCCCUGACUUCAAGCGUCAACCCUUAAUUAAUGCAAAACUGUGCAGAGUUACCAUUCCGUCCGACCUGGGUGGUACGAUAAUUGGACGCGGUGGAGAUCGCAUCAAUAGAAUACGGGACGAAAGCGGAGCUCAAAUUCAGCUGGAACCCUCUACGGGCCAAGAGGAGCGCGUGAUCACCAUUACUGGCACCCAAACUCAGAUUCAUGCUUCUAAGGUUGUAAAAGUAGUAACUGGGAAGUCGACACCCCUUUGA